UGCGCCUUCUUGGGUGAAUGUGCUGAGCAGAGGAGAUGCAGAGAGCUGGCCGAAGCGUCUACCUUUUACCGUGCAGUGUACUCAGAGAUAGAGGAGGUUGGAUGGGAGCAUCUGGUGAGGUUCUGUGGAGAUCUAACAUCUCUCAGCUUUCGGAUCUUAGAUGGCAAGGGGAAAAUGCAUAUUAUUGAGAUUCAAUUGGAUAAAACCCAUCCUAAAUGCCCUCCUUCAAUUUCAGCAGAUGUACCAUAUAUGUUUGAUUUAAAAUGGUCAACACACUCAAGAUUGAAAGAUGUGGUGCAACAGUUUAAAAAGCAUCUGGAGAAGCUUCAGGCAUUUUGGUCUACUUUGGAUGAUAUUGACAGGUCCCUUUGGGUUGUUGAUCCUAAACAAGCAUCUCCUUCUGUAUCCUAUCGCCAGAUCAAUAUGGGAAAUGAUUGCUUCAUCAUGUUGUCUAUUAAUGCCUUUGAUCCUAGAUCUUUACCAGAAUGUCGUUUUAUUGGUUCAGGUCCAAUUGUGAACUUGUUGAGAAAUAGAUGGCGAAGAAAUGGCAAAAGAUGGAUAAAAGACAAACAAUUUCUAGAAAAUCUUAAAUGUCUUUUGGAGACUCAACUGCCAAUUCCCCCUGAUGUCCAGAAGAAUGAGCAGCAAGUUGAAUGCGGAAUUUGUUAUGCUCAGAGUCUUCCAAUUGGUAAUCCUGUAGCAAUUUUAAUGUAG